AAUUCAAAAUAACGCCUUCCAGUUCAUUAUUGGGUGGGAGAGACUUACCUAUCGGCGCUGUGAGCAGAGAUCAAAACCAGUUUCGUUCUCCAUUCAUAGCUCUCUCUGACUCGGUUUCUUCUGCGCACUAGAAUUUAAAAAUGCUUCCACUUUCUCUGCUCAAGACAGCCCAGGGCCACCCUAUGUUGGUGGAACUGAAAAAUGGGGAAACAUACAAUGGGCAUUUGGUUAAUUGUGAUACUUGGAUGAACAUUCAUCUCCGUGAAGUCAUAUGUACCUCCAAGGAUGGAGAUAGGUUUUGGCGGAUGCCAGAGUGCUACAUCAGGGGAAAUACGAUUAAGUAUCUUCGAGUUCCAGACGAGGUAAUUGAUAAAGUUCAAGAAGAGACGAAGAGUCGUUCUGGUAUGAUCUGCCUUUGUUUUGCUCGGUUUUUCCAUUUAAAAUCUGAAUGUUUAUCUGCAGACUUUACUUAUUGAGUGCUAAAGCUCUUG